GGGCAGACCCAAAGGAUUUUGCAAGGACUGAAAGGAAGAAGUGUCCAGAGUACCGGGGAAUCUUCUUCUGGCUCCACCCCCUCUCCAGCCCUCUCAUAGUUGGGGCUGAUGGGAAAGCUGAUGUGGUGAUAUCAGGUUUUGAAAUCACCUGGGGAUUUCUUGGGUGCAGGGUGGACGUUAGGGAGAACAGAAAGCAGAGUUGGCUGCGGCUGUUACUGGCCUCGGGCAGGCCGGCCACAGAGGCAGUUGAAGUGAAAGUGAAAGAGAAACGGAUAAGAGAACAGGGACCACAGGUGCUAAGUGAGGGUGCUCACAGAACCCCCUCUUCAGCCAGAGAUCACUAGCAGGGGAACUGUGGAGAAGGCAGCCAGCAAGGAAGAGCCUGAGAGUAGCCUCCAUGGGCUUGGAGCCCAGCUGGUGUCUGCUGCUCUGUUUGGCUGUCUCUGGCGCGGCAGGGACUGGCCCUCCCACAGCACCCACCACAGCAGAAAGACGGUGGCAGCCCACAGACAUCGUCUUAGACUGCUUCUUGGUGACAGAAGACAGGCACCGCGGGGCUUUUGCCAGCAGUGGGGACAGGGAGAGGGCCUUGCUUGUGCUGAAGCAGGUACCAGUGCUGGAUGAUGGCUCCCUGGAAGGCAUCACAGAUUUCCAGGGGAGCACAGAGACCAAACAGGAUUCACCUAUUAUCUUUGAGGCCUCAGUGGACUUGGUACAGAUUCCCCAGGCAGAGGCGUUGCUCCAUGCUGACUGCAGCGGGAAGGCGGUGACCUGUGAGAUCUCCAAGUAUUUCCUCCAGGCCAGACAAGAGGCCACUUUUGAGAAAGCACAUUGGUUCAUCAGCAACAUGCAGGUAUCUAGAGGCGGCCCCAGUGUCUCCAUGGUGAUGAAGACUCUAAGAGAUGCUGAAGCUGGAGCUGUCUGGCACCCUACACUGAACCUACCUCUGAGCGCCCAGGGCACAGUGAAGACUCAAGUGGAGUUCCAGGUGACAUCAGAGACCCAAACCCUAAACCACCUGCUGGGGUCCUCUGUCUCCCUGCACUGCAGUUUCUCCGUGGCACCAGGCCUGGAACUCACUGGCGUGGAGUGGCGGCAGCAGCAUAAAGGCAGCGGCCAGCUGGUGUACAGCUGGAAGACAGGGCAGGGGCAGGCCAAGCGNAAGGGCGCUACACUGGAGCCUGAGGAGCUACUCAGGGCUGGAAAUGCCUCUCUCACCUUACCCAACCUCACUCUAAAGGAUGAGGGGAACUACAUCUGCCAGAUCUCCACCUCUCUGUACCAAGCUCAACAGAUCAUGCCACUUAACAUCCUGGCUCCCCCCAAAGUACAACUGAACUUGGCAAACAAGGAUCCUCUGCCUUCCCUCAUCUGCAGUGUUGCCGGCUACUAUCCUCUGGAUGUGGCAGUGACGUGGAUUCGAGAGGAGCUGGGUGGAGCUCCAGCCCAAGUCUCUGGUGCCUCCUUCUCCAGCCUCAGACAGAGCUUGAUGGGAACCUACAGCAUUUCUUCCACGGUGACGGCUGAUCCAGGCCCCACAGGUGCCACUUACAUCUGCCAAGUCGCCCACGUCUCCCUGGAGGAGCCCCUUACAACCAGCAUGAGGGUUUUGCCAAAUACAGGUACUGGGGGUGUCCUCUCUCUCCCCCUGUCUAUAUUCAGGCUGGGACUCCCCUGCUUACACGUCAUCUUUGGCUGUGUGCUGAUUCUCAUGCGCUUCNUCAGUUCCACCUUCUGCACACUCUUGACUUUAUCUUUCCCAGAGUGGCAUCCUCUACCACUAUGAAUCCCCAGCCUCCAAAUAAUGAGAUGAGUAAGCUUGGGCUGGGUAGCAGAGGUAAAGGAGUGCUGUUCCUUCCCAUAGGAGCUGGAGAGACAAGUUGAGGCAGACAGGGAAAAAGACCCAAAACAGACCUUUGAGCCCAG